CCUGUGAAGCUAUGUGUCCCAUAGAAGCCUUGUCUAAUUUCGAGUUCUUCCGACCGGACUGCGAGUGCAACCCCGUCGACAGUCAGGACCGCGACACCCUUAAAGACUACUAUACCGAGCCAGAGAGGGCCAUGUACCAAGCCUGUGGCUGCAACGGGGAGUCUGCAGACGUUACCAUGCUGCAUACGAUCACGACUUGUGUCGUCCAGAAUACGGGUGACCGCAACAAGCGCCUCGCUAAGCACCUCAUCGAGGCGAUCCUCGAGGGAUACAUCUUACCAAUCGAGAAUAGGGUCAACGAUGAAGAUGCUGCGUUCCGGCUUCAGCGCUGUUACUAGGGGCUGCUGAACAUCCUCGUCGCGAUCCGGCGCGACGAUGGGAGCAGGCCAGACGACGUCACCAUUGUCGAAUCAGUCCGCGCCGAAUACAAGAAGAUAUUGGAUGUUUUCAUCAGAGACGUUCUCAAGUUGCUCUUCGCAGGCCCGCACGCGGGCCAUAUGCGCAACGCUGUGGUGAAGACCCUCCUCAUUCUCGCGGGCGCCGCGCCGCCGUCGAUAAAGGACUUCAAAGAGUGAGCCAU